AUGUCCACCAACAGAAAGGCGAUCGGGAAGCGAGACAAGAAAGAGCUCACACCCUUGUUGACUGUUGACCUGCCGACGGGCUCGCCCGAGCCCACCAAAUCCAUCGACACACUAACCAUGGCAGAAGAGACGACCAUGCAUCCGUCUCUUCCAAAGGAGACCAUUUCACAGUACACUCUGAGCGUCAUACCUCAGCUCGGAGUGGACAUAAUGGAAAUGGAGGACGCCAUCCGUAACAUCCAGAGCCCUUGCCAGAACGUCUUGUGGAGCUCGUUCGAGAAGCAGAACAACAACAAAAGGCGCAGCGGCGCAGCGAGCACCACCGCCAACAGAAGCGGUGCGGCGCCCAGAGAGACGCUAGAGAUCAAAGUGAUCUACAACGACUGCAGCCGCCACAAGACCGCACCGUACUCAUGCCGGAAGAACAGGCGGGAGUACGGGGCCAAACACGGGAGCGUGCCCCUCCACAGCAAGACGAUGAAGAUCGGGGACGUCCUGGAUCAUGUCCGAGGCAUGGCCAGCCUCGUUGCGGCUUGCGAGGUGGUGGCGAACAGGAGCUGGGCCCUGAAUGCAGUCUCUCACGGGGGCAUGUGGGGCCGUUGA